CACGUGCAUCGGCAAGCUGCCGGAGCUAUGUGACCCUGAUGGGCCUACCCUGAUUCGACUUCCUCAUCCGUAACGCUCAUCUGUCACUGUAGGGCUGUGAAGAGCCAUGACCAGGACUGGCAACAUUAACGAUGUUGGAUUUGGUCGUCGCAGGGAGGACGAUUCUUCAAGCAGCAGGGAAUCAUCACCACGACCCGCGCAGAAACGUUCCUUCAGUCCGACCUCUGACGAUGGUGACCUCGAAAUCCCCCCGCUUCCUGAUGAUGAUACCCCUCCUCCUCCUGAGCGGCCGAUAAUCAGGCAGGCAGUCGCAUUCACCACAAUAACGCCUGCAAAUAUCGAUACAUAUGAACCUACGGAAGCACCACGACCUGCUACAUCAUUUCUUCCGGGUCAAGUGGUCACUCAGCCAGAAGCACCUAAACGUAAGACGCGAAGCAAGAAGACUAAACAUAGCGACAGUUAUCCGGACCAGGUUGGACGAUUUCGAAUCAAAUCGUAUGACCCUACGGCGUCUACCGCGCCGCCAAUGCAGCAGGGAAAUGGCCCUUAUUCGUCAAUCUAUCGGGCUGUUCCUUAUAAAGAAAGGAAUUUGGCGUCAGGCGCCAAUGCCCAAGGCUCCCCUAAUACACAAUCUAGUCUCGGAGAAAGCACAAAAUCAACUUCCAAAUCACCGACAUCAUCAUCGGCGGUCCAGACAAAUGGGACUUCAACAGCUAUGACGUCGACGUCACCCUCCCCAAACGCUGUCCCACCGACGAAUUCGACAUUACCGAAUUUCAAUUCUGGCCCUUCUGCGCCCCCAGCUUUGACCUCUUCCCGGCCAUCUUUAUCUGGUGCAUCGAGACCUCAUUACCGAAGAGACUAUGAUAAAGACCCGUUAGGCUUCGGCCAGUUCGUAAAUGCUCAGCGAGGUUCUCCAGCUGGCAGUGACGCCACACUUGCUUCCGCCCCUGCACACUCUCCGCUUCAUGCCCAGCACAAUGGAAUUUUACAGGGUACUGACCUCGCUUCAAAGGCUCCUCGAAAUCUGCCUCGUAUGGUUACACUCCUAAUCUCGGAUAUUCGGAGUGGGAUUGUUGAUCGUCAGCUUGCUGAAGUAAAGGUACCUUUGAAAAUGGCUGACACUCCAGACGAUGGCUUUUGGGCUGAUGCAAAGGACAUCUGCGAUAAACUCCAGUCGGGCCCAUCAAGAAUCGAUGGCCCUGCCAAGGUGUAUACCUUGCGUGGAAGAUAUCGACAGUUCUUUUUACGCGUGUCUGCAGAUAAUGUCGAUGAGACGAUAUCGUCUAACCUGAGCAUAACGAACCAGCGAACCAUAGACAUUGUUGUUGAACAGGGCCCAACGCCUGGACAAAUUCCAGCACAACCUCUAAUACCUCGAGAGCUGAGAAGCCCAUCUCCCGAUCUUGACCAGGCGCAGCGGCGAGAGCCUGACCUUGUCCAGCAAAGGGAGCAUGAACUAGUUCAGCGGAGAGAACAUGAACUUGCUCAACGGAGGGAAUACGAGCACCAGCGGCGUUCUCACGACCAUCGACGGGAUUAUGAGCACCGGCAUGAAUACGACCGAGCCCAGCAUCGUUAUCCAAUACCUUCUUCAUCUUCUCAUUCUUCACACCCCUACGGUAGUUCUAGCGGAGACUACAGCAGACGAUCAGAAUACUCGAAGAAACGGCGCCACUCUCCUGUUGGUGACUACGAUUACGAUUACAGACACUCACAACCACCGCCACCUUCAAUGUCGCCACCUCACAGAUCAUCAUACCCUCCGCCACCUUCGCCUUCUCACAGAUCAUCAUAUCCUCCCUCUCCUCCCUCCCCUCGAUCAUCAUAUCCUCCAAUGUCGCCUCAUAGUGUGUCAUCUUAUCCGCCGCCACGCCCUAUAUCGCCCGGCCCGAGAGCACCUCGUCCUCCCGCACCGUCACCUUAUGGUCCUAACAGUUAUCAUCCUUCUUUCGGUCAUCCGCCUCCAUUUGGACCUAACAGUUACCAUCCUUCAGUCGGAAGUGUUCCUCCCAAAAAAAUGAAGAGCUACGCAACAACUCAGAAAGAUCCGAUGUUUGUUACACCCAGUGACAAAUAUGGACGUGAAUGGGAUUACGAGUCGCCCGACAGUGAUGAUGAAGCAGUAGAUGUAUUUGAUAAGAUCUGCAAGAGGGUGGAUCCUUUGUUGCAGCUCGACAGGGAUUGGAAGGCGAUGUUUCAAUGGCGGUCCUUACCUCAAACUGUUACUACUGUUUUGAACCAGUAUCGAUUUGCGCAACGGCUAUUCGACAGAUAUGAAGGUGAGCGGGUGCCUUUCAAGAACCAGAAGCAUCAAUAUAAGAUUGAGAGGAAACAUAUUAUCCGUGCUUUGCAAAUGGACCCAGAACCAUCACCUGAGAAGUGGGCGUCGGAUUGUACAGAGACUCUAAAAUUAUUAGAGCUUUACGGGCCUGACGGUAGCCGCACUCAGGAUGAUCGCGUAAAGAAAAUGAUGGACGACGAGACUGAACCGGUAUACAAUGCAAAGCCUAUCAAGCGAUUCUUACGGUUGCUGAGAGAAAUCGAUCAAGAAUAUACGAAAUCGAGAGGGCCUCAGGCUGGUGUGGCCAUGGAUGUUGACGGGCGGUCAUCUGGUAGUGCAUAAUUUAGUAUCGACAUUGGAUUCCUGGUGGCGGUAGCAAUAAGGUAGACUGAUAAUAAAUAAUUUGUAAUAACACCUUUGAACCAAUUGGAACUCCGAUCAUUGAUUCCCU